GUGGUGCGAGUUGGUUGGAUGGGUUUAGGGAGGUGGUGCGAGUUGAUUGGUGGUGGUGAGGUGGGGCUUCGUUCGUUGGUGGUCUAGUGCAGUGGUCUGGUGGUGGUGUGUGUUGGCUGGCUGGGUUUUGGGUGGUUGUGGUGGGGUUAUUUUCUCUCUCAUCCAAUUAAUCACAUCCCCUAUUGUUUACUAAUCUUUGCUUAAGAAAUUUUGCUUUGGGAAGUGUGCAAGCCCCUUUGUUGCAGAUUUUAUGAAACGAAGGUAGUAUUUAAUUUAUGUAUUUAGAGCCACAAAAAACAAAUCAUGAAAAGGGAUUUGAUUUCAGGUAUUAAGAAUCACCCUUCAAGAGUUUAACAUUAACCUAGUUGUCCAUCCACAAACUUGACUCUAUGGAGCUUUACAUGGAUAUAUGUCAACAGUAUAGAUAGAGCUAGGUAGUACUCGUGUAUGUUAACUCAGUACAUCUAUGUUAAAAAUGGUUGAUAUUAUAAAAAUAGGGAAGUGAUUAAAAAUUAAAUUAAAAAACCACAAGAAGCAAAAUAUUGCGUAUAAUUGAAAUUAUUACUGUAACAAUGAUUAGAUAAACUUGGAUAUCAAACUAAUUAACCAAAUGGUAGAAAAAAAAAAAUAGGCGGUGAUUAAAAAAAAAAGAAAUAGGCGAGAUUACAAUUCUUUUGGAGGGGAAAAAAGGUAUCACUUUUAGGGCAUGUUCUCAUACGAUUAUUUUCAGUUCAGUUCAGCUCCUAAUUUCCUUCUCUUUCAGUUCAGUUCAGUUUAACUCAUUUCAAUCAAUGAGAACAGACCCUUAGUAUAGUCGAUAUUGGACGGGCUGAGUAGUGUAUUUACAUUCAGCCUAUUGGCCUUACGAAGUUAUUGCUUUUUGAAAAAAAAAUUGUCAACCAAACAAAAAAAAUCAAAAGGGUUUCGGAAACAAACCCAGAAGCCGUUGAAUACGUAAUGAAAAUUUAAUUGACUAAAUUGUACUUCCAUUAUUAACACUAAUGCUGAAAAACUAUUCCUUAAAAAGGGUUUCAUUUUCAUGAGGUCAAACUAACAACUAAGCUGAAAUACUCCCAUUUUAUCCACUUCUUAAACAACAAUAUCACCUCAUUUCUCUGAAUCUUUGUACCACUUUUUCCAGAUUUGAUUAUACAUAUCUAAUCAACUAAAAAAACCCACCAAAAAUCCAACUUUUUUUUCUUCUAAUUUCUGCAAAUUCAACCUGGGUUUGGUUUAGUUUGGUCUGGUUCUUUGAGUUGAUUGACAAGAAUGAGCUGUUGAUCAAGUGGUUUUCGCCGUUUACGGUGAACGGAACAAUAAGUGUAAGUAUACGAUAGCGUAAACGUUGAGAAGAACGACAACCUUAGUUUAAGUAUGAAUAGAGGAGGAUCAGAAGGGGUUUCGCCGUUUACAGUGUCGCAGUGGCAAGAAUUGGAGCAUCAAGCUUUGAUCUACAAGUAUUUAAUUGCUGGAGUUUCUAUUCCACCAGAUCUAGUUCUUCCUAUUCAAAAUAGCUUCGGAACUUCUUCUUCUGCAUUUUUCCAUCGCCCUACUUUGGGAUAUUGUGGUAGAGAGAAUUCUUUGUAUGGCAUUGGAAUUGGGCUUGGUUAUGGAAAGAAGAUAGAUCCCGAACCGGGUAGAUGUAGAAGAACUGAUGGUAAGAAAUGGCGGUGCGCCAAAGAAGCCUACCCGGACUCUAAGUAUUGCGAGCGCCACAUGAACCGUGGCCGCAGCCGUUCAAGAAAGCAUGUGGAAUCCAAUCCUUUCUCCUCCUCUUCGUCGACGACGGCUUCUGUGUCGUCUCUAAACCAAAGCCUUCCCCUCAAAUUCAAUGCAUUUGCAUCUGCUAGUAAUGCUGCUUCACCAACUUCGAAUCCAAAUCAAUCACAAUUUCAAUUGGAUUCUAUCCCUUAUGCCAUUCCCACCAAACAAUACAACAGGCACCUCCAGGGGUCAAAACCUGAGGCUGGUGAUAAUAGAUCCUUCUCUCAAUGCUCAGGUGGCAACAGAUCUCUCAUUAUGGACUCAGCUUUGGACAAUACGUGGCCCUCAAUGUCACCCCAGAUGUCAUCACUCUCUCAAUCAAAACCGAUGGAUAAUUCCUCAUUACAUGACGAUUAUUCUCACCGCUCUUUUAUCAACUGUGAGUUUGGCCAACCGCAGUCUGUGAAACAAGGCAAUCGUUCUCUCCACCCUUUCUUUGAGGAGUGGCCAAAUACCAGGGAGGUAUGGUCUGGUUUGGAAGAUGAGAGGGCCAACCAGGUUUCUUUCUCCACAACACAGCUCUCCAUUUCCGUACCAAUGACUACUACGGACUUCUCAGCCAGUCCACGAUCUCCUCAAGGUGAAGUUAUAUUAUUUAUGAAAUGAAUGGAAACGUUGUCAUCUUCUGAAAUCUGCAUGACUUUUUUUUUUUUUUCAUGCAGAAUCUUGAAGUAAGCAGUGGUUAUGCCAAGCCAACACAAAUUUUGGCUUUGAUUUGAAGCUGUUGGUUUUCUUGCUACUCUCUAAAGUUGUGUAGUUGAUACUGAUAAUAUGAGAAGGCCUUUUUACACAACUAUGGUGUGAAGUAAAGAUGCUAGGCAUGCACAGAUAAGGGGAAACUCGGCUGGAGGGGCUUGAAACUGCAGAUGGAAUAAAAUUUUGUUCUGGAAUCGACUCCCUUUGGAAGCAGCAUCCAAGAGUGCAAAAGCACAAAUGUGUAGUUAUCAAACUUGUUGAUUUACUUGGAUCGCUUUUUAUUUAUGCUUUUUAGAGUCUGCAAUAUUUGUUUCUGGUUACAGUAAGAGGUUUUCAUGGAUUUUUUGCUAGACAUGCUAGCUGUUUUGAUUGCUGACAAAUAUUGUUAUGUCUUUUGCUAUUGAAUAUUCUCAAGUUUGCUAAGAUUUCAGUUACACGACCAAGUAAUUUGUGUAAUAGCAAUUGGUGAUAGGUUGAUUGUCAUACCUUUGCCUCAAAAAUAUUAAUUGCCGAUUCUUGUUAAUUUAUCAAAA